UGAUGCUGUUGCCCGGCGCCUGUAUCCGUGCAGCCAGACGGGGGUAACUGUAGUCACCGGUCCACCAUCAGCAGCAGCAGAGAAGACAGGGACAGAGGGGGACUGAGAAGGAUCUUCAGCAUCCCUGAAGAGUUACGCACACGGUGACAACAUGACUCUGGCAGCCUACAAAGAGAAGGUCAAAGAGCUCCCCCUGGUGUCUCUGUUCUGCGCCUGCCUGAACCCACAGACUGCAGAUAAACCUACGUACAAGGCAGAAGAUGCGGUGGACCUCGGCUGGUGCGUCAUCAAAGACGUGGAGGUGAUCGAGCUGAACAAGCGGGCGUCCGGCCAGGCCUUCGAGGUCAUCCUCAAGCCUCCGUCCUUUGACGGCGUGCCAGACCUGAACACCUCCAUGCCGCAGCGCCGUGACCCAUCUCUGGAGGAGAUCCAGAAGAAGCUGGAGGCCGCAGAGGAGAGGCGGAAGUGCCAGGAGGCCGAGCUGCUGAAGCACCUGGCAGAGAAGAGGGAGCACGAGCGCGAGGUGAUCCAGAAGGCCUUCGAGGAGAACAACAACUUCAUCAAGCACGCCAAGGAGAAGCUGGAGCAGAAGAUGGAGGCCAACAAGGAGAACCGGGAGGCCCUGCUGGCCGCCAUGCUGGAGAGGCUGCAGGAGAAGGACAAACAUGCAGAGGAAGUGAGGAAGAACAAGGAGCUGAAGGAGGAAGCCUGCCGGUAGAGGAGAGGAGAAGAGAGAGAGAAAAGGAGGGAGACUGGGAGUUUUCUGAGUCGGUAACAUUAAAAAAAAAAAAGAAAGAAAGAAAGAAAAUGAAAACAGUGCAGGAAAAAAAAAGAACUCGAAAGCAACUCGAACAAAAAAGGAGAAAAGAUGAGUUUUCAUAUUUGAUGUUACGCUGUAGCGAUUCUGAAGAAGCUGUACAAAGAUUAGACGACUCUUGAUGUUGAAAUUCAAAAA